AUGACCUGCGAGCCCCCCGCCCCUCUCUGGGCCCCCCUGCCGCCCCCCCACCGCCUCGUGUCCCUCGCCCGCGCGUGGCUGGACGAGGACCUGCCGUGGCCCGACGCCACCGUGGGGGUCGCGGGGGACGCCCCGACCCGCGCCCACCUCCUCAGCAAGGGCGGGGGCGGCCCGGGGGGCGUCCUGGCGGGGGCCCCCUUCGCCGAGGCCGUGUUCGGGGUGUCGGGGUGCCGCGUCACCUGGAGGGUCCCCGAGGGGGGGUCGCUGCCCCCCGGGCGGGCGCUGGUGGCCGAGGUGGAGGGUCCGGCCGGGGGGGUCCUGACGGGGGAGAGGGUCGCCCUUAAUAUUUUGGGGCGCUGCAGCGGGGUCGCCUCGAUGGCCGCGAGGGCCGUGGGGGUGGCCCGGGGACACGGGUGGGGGGGGGUCGUGGCGGGCACCCGAAAAACCACCCCCGGCUUCCGACUGGCGGAGAAAUACGCGCUGGGGGUGGGGGGCGCCGACCCCCACCGGGGAGGCUUGGGGGGGGGGCUCCUCCUGCUCAAGGAUAAUCACCGAGCGCUGGCGGCGGCGGCGGCGGCGGCGGGGGGGCUCGAGAAGAUGGUUUUGGGGGUGCGCCGGGCCGGGGGGUUCACCCGCCGGGUGGGGGUCGAGUGCUCCAACGCGGCCGAGGCACUGGAGGCUGCGGGGGCGGGGGCCGACAUCGUCCUCCUAGACAACCUCUCCCCCCAGGAGCUGCACUCGGCGGCGGCGCAGGUCAAGGCUGCACACCCCAGAGUGAUGGUGGAGGCCAGCGGGGGGGUCGUUUUGGGGACCCUCCCCCAGUUUUUGGGGCCCCACAUCGACGUGGUGUCCAUGGGGUGUCUGACCCACAGCGCCCCCGCCCUGGACUUCGCACUACGGGUGCUGGAACCCUAAAAUCCAUCCCGGGGCCCCGGAAAGCCACCCUGGGACCCCCUAAAUCCCCCUCUGGGAGGGGGACCCUGAAAUCCGGCAGUGGGUCCUCCCAGCCACCAGGGGGCGCCAACGGCUGAGGAUUCCCCCACCCCAAUAUCCAGGGGACCCCAAAAUCCAUCCUGGGGCCUCCCAAAACACAUGCUUGGACCCCACAUCUUCACCGUGGGGUCUCCCUUACCCAGAGAGGACCCCAAUACCCAUCCUGGUGUCCCCAGGGUCCCCCCAAACCCUUCCCCCCUCCAGGGGUGACCCCAGAUCUCAAUCCUGGAGUCUCCUCACCCCCCUUUUCUCUCUGUACCCCCAAAUAAACCCCUCCCACACCUCC